GGCUAUGACUCCAACUGGUUGCUUGCUAUUGGUCACUUGCACGAUAAUAAAAUCAUAAUAACAAAGAAACAGAUAAAUCAUUACUCCAAAGAUGUAAUUUACAGGCAGCAAAUAGAUUAUUGUAAAUUUGUAGCGGGGCUCCAAGAUGUGGAUUGCCAGUUCGCCAAAUCCAAUCCAACUGAAUUUUUGCUUCCAAUCUUCCCGCUGCUCUGCCCUUUCCUACUUCUGAUCGACAACCCAUUCAUUCGACCCGGUGCUUUGGGCUCUGCCAUCUUCCUUCGCCUCUCUCAGUAUGCCGUCUCGGAGAUCUGGGACGCCGGCGUUUGUCCUGUUGCUUCUUGUGAUCUCCCUCUCCUUUUGCACAUCAAGUUCCGAGCUUGAUUCUCGGUGGGCAGCUAAGAAGCUGGAGAUGCGAGACAAGGUCCGAGAGAUGUUCUAUCAUGCUUAUGAAAACUACAUGACCUACGCGUUUCCGCAUGAUGAGCUGAAGCCUCUUACCAAGUCAUACACAGACUCUCUAAGCGAGCUUGGGAAUCUCAAGCUUGAGCAUUUGCCUACAGAUUACAGUGGCUCGGCCCUUACUCUCAUUGAGUCAUUAUCUAGCCUUGUUAUAAUGGGAAACAACACAGAAUUUGAAAGGGCAGUUGGUUGGCUGUCGAAGAAUUUGUCAUUUGAUGUUGAUGCCAGGGUAAACCUUUUUGAGUGCAAUAUAAGAGUUCUCGGAGGGCUUGUUUCUGCUCAUAUUCUUGCAUCUGACUCGAAGAAUCGGUUGAUUCAAGGUUCUUAUGAUAAUGAAUUGCUGGGUCUGGCUGAAGAUUUGGGCCGGCGUUUCUUACCUGCAUUUGAUACACCAACUGGUUUGCCUUACGCCUGGGUCAACUUGAAGUAUGGAGUCAUGGAAGGUGAAACUACUGAAACUAGCACUUCAGGGUGUGGUUCUCUCAUACUUGAAAUGGGAGCACUAUCACGAUUAACUGGGGACCCGAGAUAUGAAUUUGCAGCUUUACGGGCUCUGAGGAAGUUGUGGAGUAUGCGUAGUUCAUUGAACUUAUUCGGAACAACUCUAGAUGUGAUGACUGGAGAGUGGAUUGAGCACUCUUCUGGGAUUGGAGCUGGGGUUGAUUCUUUCUACGAGUAUCUAGUCAAGGCUCAUAUUCUAUUUGGAAAAGAUGACUACUGGAGAAUGUUCCAGUCAGCUUAUCUAGCUGUGCAGAAAUACUUCAGACAUGGCUCAUGGUACCAUGAAGCUGAUAUGAGGAGUGGAAGAGCAACUUAUUGGCAGCUGACAAGCCUUCAAGCAUUUUGGCCUGGUCUACAGGUUCUUGUGGGGGAUGUCCGAGCUGCGAAUUCCUCCCAUCGAGAGUUCUUUUCUGUCUGGGAAAAGUAUGGGGUGCUACCAGAAAGGUAUUUGCUGGAUUAUCAGACUGUGCAUCCUACAGAAAAGUAUUAUCCACUGCGUCCUGAAUUGGCCGAGUCCACAUUUUACUUAUAUCACGCGACUAAAGAUCCUUUUUAUAUAGAGGUGGGCGAAGCAAUUGUUAACUCUCUCAACUUCUACACUAAAGUUGAGGGAGGAUUUGCUAGCAUUCGAGAUGUCACAACUAUGCAAAGGGAAGAUCACCAGCAUAGUUUCUUUCUCGCAGAAACGUGCAAGUAUCUGUAUCUUCUGUUUGAUGAUUCGUUUUUAGCUGGUAGAAACUAUGUGUUUACAACUGAGGGUCACCCUCUCCCAGUGCUAAGUGAUUGGCAUGAUCGACUUCCAGAAGCCUACAUCCCAUCAAAUUGGACCUAUGUCAAGAGUCGGAUGUCAAUGGAACGAGCAAGUGCGAUGUCACUGCAAGUAUGUCCUGCAACAAGCUUGAAUCUGGGAGAAGGCCAGCAGGCAAUCGAGAGCGUCUGCCACGUCGUUGAUGCCCGCGGGGACCACCGGUGUCUGAGAGACGAGGAGUGUGGGGUCGAUGCAACCUCCUGCAGAAGCAGAUCGUGUAGCAUUGCUGGAUACUGUGGGUUGUGGCUGCUGGUAUAGCGCACACACAUCGAUGAGAUUAGAUGACCGCCAUAUAUACAUACAUUCUUUGAAGAACACUAACAUGGUUAGCAGUUAUUUAACAGGGAAACCACAGAGCUCAGAAAGCAAUCAAAGAGCAAUGAAAUGGCAUUUGUAGUAGAAGUGUUUAAAGGGAUUAUUGCUGGGCGCAGAUAUAGAAACAGAGAGGAUGGAUUCUUGUUUUCGCAAGUGGGGCGCAUUAGUGAAUCAUUAGAUAUUAUGAGGAUGAGUUGGUUUUAGUUGAUAGUUUAGGGACCAAAAAUACAAUACGCGUGAUGUAACUAUUUUAAUUUUUAAAUAUUUUUGAAGUCUACAAAAGGGGAACAAAAGCAGAGUCGAGAU